GAUUUUGAUAUUUGGAAUUCCAAACGAUAUCGGCAGAAGGCGCGGUAACACCGCGUGCGCCUUUAUAGUUCCACCGCGAUAUGCAGUCGCCGCCACGAGCGUAGCCAAUCCACCGCGACCGGUCUCACAAUAUACGCGAGAAUCAGUUGCUCGCACGCCAGUGUAGUGUCAGCAAUGACAGAGAACGGUUAGAGAGACCAUACGAAGUGGGACUAACGUGUAAUAUGCGACCUUAAGGCAAUUGAUGGAUACAUUCUCUCUGGAUUUAACGUAAAAAUGUGACAGAAGGGAUUUACUGUUUUUAAUCGAGGAUACUAACAAUUCAUCAUGUUCGGGGGAAUCGAGGUGAGGGUGUUUACUUUUAUAUUGCUGUUACUGGUCCAGCUCUCCGCGUCGGCGUUAGGCUGUCCAAAAACUUGCUUUUGUAAUAUGCUCAGUAAGAUAGUUUACUGCUCACGGAAGGAUUUACGGGCAAUACCAUUGGGCAUCCCCCGGGAUGCAAGGCAGCUCAAUUUGAACAAUAACAAUUUCGAAGUGGUAACACUAACACGAACAAAUUUUUCAAGUUUUGGGCAUUUGGAGCACUUGUAUUUGAGUGAUUGUGGUAUCCGUGCCAUCGAAGUUGGUACGUUCAUUGACUUGUUAAAUCUCAAAUGGUUGGACUUGAGUAAAAACAAGAUCAAGGACAUUCAGGAUUUUACCUUUCGGGGGCUGAGUUUAGAACAGCUCUUCCUUAACGGUAAUGAUGGUCUUGUCAUGCACAGGGACACGUUCAACGGACUGAAGGCACAAGGCCUUUACCUUCACCAGUGCGGUAUCAAGGAGAUUUCCCUGCAGGUUUUCCGGCCCAUUAAUGACUCUUUGAAGAACCUAUGGCUGAAUGAUAACAAUAUCAGACGGAUAGGCCGCGAGAUGCAAUACAUAUUUACGUCACUCUCUCACUUGAGAUUACACACGAACCCUUUACACUGCAAUUGUAGAACCUCGUGGCUGAAACAGUACUACGACACCCACCUUGGGGUUUUUGAGGGUGCCCCAGCACCCAGCUGUGCCUCUCCCUCGCAUACCCAUAACCGUGGAUUUAACAGUCUGUCUCCGAGAGAUUUCCGUUGCCAACCCCCAAUAUUCAACGACGUGGAUCUCCUGUUUGCUAACGAAAACGGCAUCCUUAGCUGCAGUGCUAGUGGAGACCCCGCACCAACGCUCUACUGGAUCAAACCCAGCGGUGAGCGCAACGCGUACCCACCGCCCCAGGAUGAGAAUGCUGUGAGAACGGACGGAGUUAUGAAAAUUGCACACGUGGAAGGGAUUUAUACGGGGAGUUACGAGUGUUUAGCAACAAACGCUGGCGGCAACGUCACAUUGACACUUAACGUAUCUUGGCCGAGAAUAGAGAAACAAACAGUGAUAAAAUACAUACAACCACCGCCACCCAAAACUGAAAAGCCAGUAACGACAGAGGAUGGUUUUGGGGAUGAAGAUUCACGGACAGUUGCGAAAGAGACUCCUGGAGUCAUACUCACGCAUAAUAAUAAUAAUGAUAUCUCAAUAGAAAAUAAGACAUUUUCUAUGAUAGAACUAGUAGGUGCUGUGCUUGGAACGUUUGUCUUAACGUUGAUUGUCUGUGUCAUAGUCUUUCAUUUAAUGUAUAGAUUACGGGCAGGAAAAGUGCCGAGAAAUAGACUGGAGAAUGGCUUCAAGCCGAAAGAGAAUGUAUAUCUGGACAGGGUAGCCGACGAAGAAGCAUACAUGUACAAAGAAAAUUACUCUCGGAGAUGAUGCAUACCUUAAACUUGUUCUGUGAUAUGUUUCUGGCAUGAAUGAACAGUGCUUCGACGUGACUGUAAUUCGAUCUGAUUGCUGCAAAUUCGUAUGCUAGAUCCGUUCGUUAUUUCAUUACCAGCUGGCUUCAUCACAUUGCCAUGGGCUAGCCGCAGCGUACGGUUAGAACUUUGCAGUCGAACACGAAGUCACGAAGCGCUACACCACGCGGGCCCUGCCGUGGUUUCUAUAAAACUGCUGCACAAAAUUAAAACUUGACGAUUUAAAUUCUCGGGAGGAACAGUUGCAAGGCUGACGGUGUAUUAUACAUUUCAUUGCGGUUUGUCAAGACUUAUUAUGGCUGAGUUUAUUGGGUUAAGACAAGCGGAAACGCACGCACGAAGCGGGUCAAGAGGUGCCAGCAUUGUUGCUUGAGGCCUCGUACGUGGUGGAGAGCAUUUGGUCCACUCUCGGUACGGUCUGUUGCCCUUUAAGGACAGUGAUCGAUCAUCUAUCAGACUACUUGAUUCAACCUCCCGCAGCUCGACACAGUUCCAUUCGCCAGUAUCAAUGCAAUAUCAUACAGAGUCGAUUGGAGGACGGUUCAGUUGUCACACUGCCCCCAGGAAAACUCGAGAUCGAAUUUUGUAGAUGGAUGUAAAUGUCCUCUGAUCGGCGAUGGCGAAGUGCGCUGAAUAUGAAACCAAUGAAGUAUGCAUUGGCAGAUUAUUAAACGCGGAUUUCCUCAGGCUAUAUGUUGAUAAAAGGAACGAUUUCCAAUAUGAGGCAAAGUAAAUGAGACCCUGCUAAGGAUAAAGUUUGAAGUUAACUAAACUUUUCGAAAUCGCACCCGUUGAACAUUAGGAUUGGCAUCAUUAAGAACACUUUCAUCACUGGGACAUCAGAGUGUUCAUUGAAGACUGAACAUUUCCGAUCUAGAUUUCUUUUCUUGAGUCUAGAUUGCAACACGAUCAUCCACGUAAAGAACGUGAAGGAGGGAACAUUUUAAAGUAAUCUCGAUGAGUCGGAGUAGAAAUAGGCCAAGCCAAUAGUGUUCUUUGGCAGGGAAAACACAUGACUGGUUUCGUACAUGUCGUAUGCAACUCUUAACUGUGCCAUCUUGUAAAAUACUCUCGUUGAACCUGUUUGAAGUCAUAGGAAUAGUUCCCAUUGCUAAAAAGAUAGAAGGUCGUGCAGGAUGUUUUUAUCCUACUCGAAGACACGAAUUCCAGAUCGUACACAAUCUGGAUGGCAGAUAGAUCUCAACAGUUUGACAAAGUGGAUCAAUUUAUACGAAAUAUUGUACAGCUUAAUGUAGAUUAUCUCUUAGGGUAGCACUAGAAUAUGGCUCAAGGAGUUGGAGUGCACGGGAACCGGCAUAAUAUACAUGUAGUGUGUAGCACAUGUAGCUGGACUCGAAGUGAAGUACAUAAAGACGGGAUGAGUACGAAGUGUAAAUAACGACAAGGAUAUUCUUUAUUGGAUUAACGUUCCUGACUAGAAAGGGUAUGUCUGAAACUUUUUUUAUUGGUAAUUUUAAGCCUCGAUGCAACUAUCCGAACGUGGAAUCUGGUGUAAAGACUCCAUAUUAAUAAGUCACAAAGGGAUUUUUCAUCAGCCAAUUAGGGCUCCAUCAUUAUAGACCUGUGAACACCGUCAAGCAAUCAGUGGGGUAGUUUCAAAGACGUGCUAAACGAGUGACUCACAACCAGACGCAGAAUUACUUCAUUUUCAGUUUAAUGGCGUCGAAAGGACCCUUGAGAAAAAACUGCGUUGCAGUGCAGCGUUUAGUGAUUGUCAUCCAAAACCAAAACUGUCGCAAGAGCUAAUAUCUUGGGGCUUAUCAUGGAUGAAUUAAUUCCUAGAUUAGCAAAACCUAAAAGGGUAUUUUGAUUGCCACACGAAAGCUCAAAGACACUUGAUGGUAUUGUGAGAUUAUCUCACCUUGCCCUUAGAGUGUGAGACCGGAUUAUGGGUAGAUGUUGAAGGUAUUGUCUUGCAAUUGUCAAAUGGCUAUACCAAUACCCCUGAUGGAGGGACUUUUGAUGGCAUUCCGUUGGAAGAAGUGUUGUACACCCGAGAAAACAAGACACCCAGAUUCAUCUUCAAACUGCUGAAACCACUCACGUUUUCUGAAAGUACUCUUAGUGUAAAAUGUACCUAUCGCUCCUGUAUAUACACUUGUCUUGAAGGUAUGAACUUGUAACUGUAUUGUGUGAUGUUUAGGAGCUGUAGCAUGCCUUAGGGGAUGAGGAAUUCAUUGUACCACAUGUACCAAAAGCUGUAAAAAAACAUCCUGGCACGUCGAAGGAAUCCGAAAUUGUAUUGGCGAAGCUACUGAAAAAGCCGCUUUCACUCAUCCUGACUAGUUUGAAUGACUGCACCUGCCUAGUUGUUGGAAAAACCUCAUUUGAAGGCUACAACAGACAUGCCGGACGGCCGGUGGAGAAAAACAUCUAGCUGAUACCCAAUGUGCUAAUAAUGUGCUAUAUACGUAGAAAUGUAGAGAUUUUUCGAGAAAAAAAACACGCUGAAGGUUCGCUCGAUUGCUGCUAACCAAUAAUACACGAGCGAGUCCAAUGAUUAUAUACUUAUAUUUGCUACUACUACAAAACAAAAUAAACCAACAUUGUUAAAUUCAAGUUUCCCAACCUUGAAACAUGCUGCAAAAGAGUAUAAUGGUGAUGACCGCACUUUCUAUGUGUCUACACAAGAGAAAAGGAGGGAAACUCUUUCAUGCAUUGAUUAUACAUGCUGUGUAUUCACAAUUUGGCUGCACAACUAUCACUGAUGCUUGAUACCACAGAAAGGCAGCUCAUUAUUCAUGCUCGGCGCUAAAACAUGCGAUCAACUCAGACAAUUACUUCCCCCCUGCCAAAGGCAACCCGCAGAGACAUUAAACCCAUGCUGUUGUGAACCAGCGCAAUACUUCCACGGGGACACCAGUGUGUUAAACGUGCACAUGGAAUGCUAAUGUGCCCCGAGUUUGCACUGUAAUGACUACUCAAAAAACCCAUGCCAUUAAUAUCUCUUUACUAAUUCAUAAAGGAUCAUUUUAUAUCCAGUUAAUUAGGUUGUUUUGGCUUUUUGACAAUAGGUUGGGAUCUUUUUCACAACUCUCAGCUUUCUGUUUUGGAGCAGUCAUAAACAUUGCAACGCUGAGUCACUUCUUGUAAUAUUUGGCUGACAAGGUACAAACAUUGCCAACUAUCGUAUUAUAGUAAAUUUCCAGGAGGCAAACAUGAGUCGUAGCAAAGCAACAUUUCACUGAGAUGGGUUUCAGAACAACGAAAAGAACGAAUGUUCAGUAUCAGAAUUCAACAAUGAACACUUUAAAAUUCAAAGGUCAACAACUAGAGAAAAAUCACCUAGAGCUGCACUGAAAGGCAUAAAUUCGAUACAGACUUCAAAACAGAAAGGUUUAACCUUCAAAAUCAUUUCACCCUCGACCGACUUUUGUACUUAUCCUAACACAGCUGCUAACAGUGCAUUGUAAAGCCACAGUGAUGUUGAGUAACUUGAAGUGGGAUAUUUGAAAUCGUCGCCUUUAUAUGAAUUGGAGACAACCUCAUUUAAAAAAGCAUCGAUUUAAUACUUCACAUAGUUGGAUCAAACAUCAAAUGGAGAAUAAUAUGUAUGUAUUCAAGUGUAUCGUAUGUGAAAUGCAGGUUAGAAUCAAAAAUCCGCCGCCGCGCAAAAUGGAAUCAUUUGUGCAGGCGUUGGAGUAAACAGGUGCGCGCGUAAUGAGUUGUAACACGACAGACAAAACAGAGUAAUGUACUUGUGAUUACCGUCAUACUGAGACUGUCUCCUGUCGCAACCAGACAAGUCCAGGUCCUGGACAUAUUGUACCACAGCGCCAUCUAUCGUAUUGUCAAAGAACUCUUUCUUUGGACUGCUGUUAUUCGUCGUUGCGCUUUCAUGCUUCCACCACCAGUGAAUUUUAGUCACCGUCUUAUUGUAUUGUUGUGGUACGAAAAUCGCUUUGAAUUGAGAUGAGACAUUUGAGAAAUGAUUGCUGUACACCGCUAAAGGCCUGACUGCAUAUUAACUGAAGUUAAUGAUUCAAAAUUGCACUCGUGCUUCCAAGGUACCCACAAGGCAUAAUCUUUAUGAACCGUCAACGACGACUACGUUCAACUUUAAAUCAACAAAUGGCAUAUUCUGUUAAGUUUUAGUUCAACUGAAACUCUCAAACUGCUGAAUUUACUUUUGGCUUUAACAGUCAUGACGCUUCGAAUGCUACAAAGUUUUUACCUUCUGAAUUUAUAAGUAUUUGGCGACCACUGAACUUGACUUAUUAUGUUGCUCCUCGGCUGAUGUAGGAUAAAGAAAUGAUCGUAUAACAGCGUGAUAACUUUGUCACACGAUCUCAGAAACAAAGCCAACAACAGCGUGAAGGUAAAAACAGACUUUACCUUCUUACUGGCAAAACGUCACUGGCAAAAACGAUGUGCUUGCAUGUAGUGUGAUGAGUCGCUUAUGCCGCUGGCAGCUGGGCGUGUCGAAAAACCAAGAACAAUCCGCAGUUAAAUUGCAAACAGCUUCGUCAUCUUAGGAAACCCGACUACACUAAUCCAUUCCUGUAUCGCCUGGGGCAGUAUUGGUUUUUACAUGAAAAAUUACCGAUAGAGCACGGGCGGGCACCGGCCACCGUGGUCUUAACUCGCAGGAUUAGUCCCCACAUCGUCUCGACUCGGAACAGGUCGCAAUAUGAAGAAAUCCAGGUUUAAGAUGCAGAGCGUACCCCGAUCAAUGCAACGGUACAUUUUGAAUAUCGACCAGGGGACUCUCUGUGGAUAAAACGACACGGCUUCAACGGCAGGCACGUCUCGGAAUUUUAUUUACACUCUCCGGACAGCUUUGUAAAUUCCCCCUGUUAGGUUUCUUGUCCGUGUUGAUUUAUAGAUGGAUGGCGAAUCCACACUCGCUUGGCUUGUCGUCAGUCAAAAGAGGAAAUCCUGAUGUUCACUGAGAUCUGAUCUCGUGAGACCAGGAGAUAGGAUCUUGAGAAAUGAAGAAUCGGUGGAUGAGCUCUGUAUUGACAUUUCUGAUGCCAGUGAGCGUAAUUUACAAGCCAAUAACUCUGCGGACGUGACUAUACUGAUCCAUAUAUUGGCAUUCAUGUAGCUACGACUUUCGUUCAGAUUUGCUUGGCUUUGUUCAAAAAUAUUAUAAGUCAAUAACUUUAACCCCUACAUACAUGGCGUGAAAGAAUGAUCCGUCGCGUUUUCAAUAUAUAAGCUUACAAUGUAUUGCCGAUGCCUAAGUCAUUUUCAGAAAUACUCGAGAAGCUGAGCCACCUUACCUCUCUGGGCCUCUUUCAUUGGUAUGAUACGUAAGAAACGUCAACUCAAAUGCCCAAUACACCCGUAUUUACAAUCUGACAUAUAUCAAUACUAGAACACAGUAUGUUGAUAUGCUACAGUAGCCCACACGACCAAACAUCUGUGAGUACUCAAACGGAUUAACAAAUAAAAAAUACAUCCCCGAGAGCAGGUCGUUUACUUACUACGGCAGAGGAAUGUCCGUGUUGUGAAUAACGACAUGGUAAUAGUGUUAUAUUAGGGAUUCCGUCGUGACUAUUUCCCCAUUUCUCAGUCACGGCCGUCCGAGUCUGCCAGGCGAACUGCUCCAAAUUACCCCGCCGUGUAGCAAUGGGAUGGUAAGGCUGAUUGAACACACUGUUGGGAGUUCAUGAAGCUGAUAUAUUUGUGGCGAAUGUUGGUUGGAUCGUUGCGUCCAACACCAAAAUGAACUUUUUGUCUCUUUAUGAAAAGAUAUAACAAUAUAUCAUCCGAUUUGACCCCGCUGAGGUUUCCCGUGAUUUGAAACAAAAAAGCAGUAAAAAAGGUUAAAAACGGAAAUUCGGGCAAAACCGCAUCUUGAAAUCGGCCCUAGUCAAUUGAACAACACAUUUCGAUUUCUCUUCUAUACUGAACACAAGCCUUUAUAGUGUUGCAGGCAGAGUGAUGACAAGUACAGCACUAUGCCAUCAUAUUUGCGGCUAACGGUCAUGACAGUCUGUCACUUUAUAGACAAAAUCGUUACAGUUUCACUGCUUCACGAAUCCGCUGAUAGGCAAUGUAAAGAAAGGGUUAUUGUGAUUGGUGACAAGUGGCACUAUACCGUCUUAUAUUUGACUGACUCGUGAUAAAUUAAAAGAGGCACCCAAUUCUCAACCUACCCUACACUGCGCUGGAUCCAGGAUGGACUAAUUGACAGGCGAGAGUCAUAUCACUCUGAUAGAAACGUGUAAUUAGCAAUUACGCUUCGCACGGAAGCAGGUCGCUUGGUUACUAUUUAGAAUACGUAAUCAACAUUUCACAUUCAUUUUGAGAUGAAGGCAAAUGUGUAUAAUUAUCUUAACGAAAUUGCAAGUGCGAGAAUCGGAAGCGUCGUAAUGUACGAAAUGGAUGGUAGUAGGAAAGAUGCAAAUGAAAAUAUUCUGUGUUUCCAUGAAUACUUCGCAGAUUGCAAGAUGUGCCAAUCUGCCAAGCACAGUCAAAGCCAAUGUGUUUCUGCAUGCAUUCAUAUGUCAAGCUCCUCGGUGAAGUUUUGCCAGUGCCACUAUUUUGCUGAAAUUGCCGCAUUUGUCGUAAUUACUCGCCUCAAUUCACGUGCAGAACUCAAAGACACUAAAGACAUUCAGGUGCCCAGUUAUAAAUGAGGCUGUGCAAUUAUGUCUCACAUGGUAGAUGUCAUUAGCAAACCAGAUGAAAUGCACGAGUUACCAUGUCAUGUCUCGAUACCAUGAGACUAUCGCUUGGAUUUUGAAUAAUUCAUUUACUGCUGGUGGUGAUAAACCAAUAUGAGCCAAUUCGCUAGGCUGUGUGUGGUGAUAAGCCCAACAUAGACCAAGUUGGAUCGUUCUCUCCAAGUCCAUAUAAAAGCGAUAAUGGUGAUAUCUCCUGCUGAGCAGAAAGCGCCCGGGUUUAACGCAGUGGAAGCGAUGUUGAUGAACCGUGUGAAUAACCAAGACAAUGGAUAUAGAGCACUGAUCAAUAGUAGCCGCAGUUUCGCAUCCGAGAAUCUUGUGGAUUCUCAGCUAGUCACGCGAGAUUUGAACUCGUGCUGUGAAACUGCGGUAUAAUAGAAUCUAACAAUACGUUAUCGAUUUGAAUGAUUGGAAACUGUUCGAUCCUGAUCAUAAUCAUGAUAAUGGGGAUAUUGAAGUAACGCGUCGUCGAGAGUGAAUUUGGAGGAUAAUGGGCACUUGCGUGUGUGUAGGCGAGUAUGUAAGUCACAUACAGUAAGCGAAAAAUAUCAAUAUCUAAGAGCAUCUAAGCAUAGAUGGAUGUAGCUUGUAAAGUAAGCAAAUAAAAUAAUAAGUGGUAAUGAAAGUAAUCGUAUCAAGAAAAAUGACAGUUGACAUUUUACUAGGUAAAAAUUGACGUAUAAAAUUGAUGAAAUAUCACAUUAGUGCAAAUGGAAGCUUUAUUGUAAUGGCAUCGAAAUGUCCUCAUUUACCUUAAAGCUAUUAAACCGAUCGCGAAGACAUCAAUCAUUUAAGUAAACGCUUGAAACUGAUACAUUAAACCAAUAUAAAGCCAUUUAAAAAUAUACGAGGACUUUAAGCUUGUGGGCGUUCUGAAGCGACUCUCGUAGGGAACGCUGCGUAUCUGGUAGGCAAAUCUGUCAUCGGAGGCAGAUAUAAGUGAAUUUACCUAGACUGUAAAUCAGCUUAUUUUGAUGGCCUGUUUUUGCUUCGCCGUGGCAUAAACAUCAACAUGAUAAAGCAGUUUGUAAUGCACGGGGAUGCUGAGGUUUAAAAUGCAACUCGAUAACAAACUAAGACACCAUGGGAAAGAUAACCUCGUUUUGUGGCUCAGCCGGGUUACACCGGUGCGGGGGAACACGCCAAUUGCAAUUACCCUUGGGACUGUGUUCUGUCACUAAUUGUUAUUGGCACUGCAUAGCAUGACAAAGAAAUUUGACGCCAGGUUUCUCGGUAACACUGUUUGGAUAUCAUCGCGACUUAUCAUGAUAUUUUGAUCUUCGUGAUAUCGAGGGGACCUUUGGGACAUUGUGGUUUUUAUAAACUUCUUUUGGCUGUGAGUUCUGAUCAAGAUAAAUCCCGAAAGUUUUCUUCUACGUGAAGUGAACAUUCAUUACAGGUUGUGACCUCUUGGUCGAGUAGAGAGAGAUGUUCAAGAAUGGAGUAUCUUAAGUCUCCGCCAGGAAUACUCCCGUGUCAUAGCUUGCACGACAACAGCCGUGUGGGAAAUUUAGCCUCGAGUGCAAGUCUGUUUGUAAGUAGCCUACAUGAACAUUAUGAGUGUCAUUUUGUAAUUAUAUUUGAUUUGAAAUCAACUAAACCGGGUCAACUGUAUAUCACUUUAAGCAAUUUGUAUGAGGUGUCAUGAUCAAUACACAGCUAAACCAGGUUAGUUAGUCAAAUCUGGAUUUAAAUGAUCAGCAGUUAUCUGUUUUACUUUUUUUCUCCAGCUGAUAGAGGUACAGCGGGAGGAAGUAUUUGCUUUACCAUUGAUACUUUUAGUUUAUUCUUCCAAAUAAUUUCUUAACCAAUGACGGCGCGAAUUAAGGGUGUUUUACAUGUAUGUCAUACGCAGAAUCUGACUAUCCUGUUCUCGUCUGUCACGCGAUACUGCCUUUUAGAUUUGGCAUUGCUUUUACAUGAUGAGUAAUAUUUCAGACAUUUACCAUUUUGCCAAAGUUGAAACAUGUUUUAAAAAACUCCGUAUAGUGACAUUUCGUAAUCGAAGAUUUAAAGACGAAUUGAUGUCAUACGAGAAUGAUGCACUUUAAGAACAGACAUCAACUUUGAAUAGACUGUAAUGGGGUUUUAAGAUAAUCACAAGCGAUUAUGUACAUGUACAGUGUUUUGAUUAUUAUGUAAUUGUACUUCAGAAUGAUUGCUCCCCAGCAAAUAUGUCAUUGUUGAUGCCUCGAUCCUUUGGAUCGUUCUCGAAAAGAGAUAGCGAAAAUUUAUGAUUGAUACGCCUACGUGGGUAUCGAGUUAAAAGCCUCGCUCAUCCGUCGGUAUGAUUAUAUUUUUCUCGCCUCAGAUAUCCUUAUUUGCAUUCUAUGCCAAAGGUAUAAUUUGGAAUUUUGUUUGAUGUCAGUUGUCACGUAUCGAUCGAUAAUGCUUUGUAGUGGACGCCAUGACAAUGUCCAUCUUGGUUUCAUCACGGCAAUUACUGUUUUUUUUCUUUACCUAAAGGCUACAUACAGCAAAUCAAGCUUUGAAGUUAUUGACUAUCGAUGUUUUUUUCAGAGAUGAUCUGUGAAAAUAGUACAUGAACUAUAAAAUCGUAGUCUCCUGAUAACAUUGACAGUUUUACGAAUCUGUAGGCUGGAAUAGAAUUUGCAAGUACAUGUACAGACAUUUGAGACGUCUCCCGAUUAUUUGAUCAACUUUGUACUGAUUACUACUUCGCUGAGUAGAUCAUUCUAGUUUCGAGAUAAUUAUUCGCUGACAUUUUAGUAGCGAUAAAUUGACAUGAUACCCAUUAAGUCGCAACCCAUGACGCCAACUUAUUUACAGGGUGCACCAACUGCAAUUGAUUGUUUUCUUAUUACGACAGCACAAUAAUAUGCAAAAUGUACUUUGAUACUGAAGCUGAUGUACCAUUAGGCAUCCCAGAAGAAGAAAUAUCUGACAUUAGGCAUGAUUUCAAAUCCUAAAAAUUCUAUAAAUUAAAACGGAGGGAGGCCUACUUCGCCCAUAUCCCACUAUGGCACUUAAAACGUGUUCAACCCUACCACUGUUAUAUGAAUGACACAGCACGCACCAUGGACUCGUAUUCACUUUUUAAAUGAUUUUAUUUAUGACAAACCAUUUCAACGAUGCCCCGCAGCUCGCUGGCAAUUUCAAAUUAAUUUCCAAAUAUUGUGAAAUCUACUUGGCUCUACUCGCAGUACACGUCACUUUUGGAACUAAUAUUUUGUCUUCGGACAAAGACGCUUUGUGCGGCCCUUCCGGAUAUGAAAUACUGCACAACCAUACUUGAUUUAAUUAGCUUUUAAAAGCUGAAGUAGCUGAUUGUAUUCAUUUCGAUAUUGUGUUCUUUUGUUGUUCGUAUUUGAGAAAGCGUGAUUGCACACUUUGAUGGAAACUACAGUGGAACCUCCCUUAGCAGAUACCUCUCUAUAAAGGACAACCUCUCUAACAGGGACACUAGUUUUGGUCCCAAAUUGGUUGUUUCCAUUCAAUUUGACAUCUCUAAUCAGGACACCUCUCUAUCAAGGACAACACUUGUCGAUCCCGGGGGUGUCCGUAAUAGAGAGGUUCAACUGCAUUUGUAGUGAUGUUCUCGGGGCAGGUUAUAAGAUCAAGGCAAUAUUUCAAGCACACAAAUCUCAGUAAACUUCUCGAAAUAAACAUCUACGGUUAUAAUUUUAGUUUUCAUUGGCGUGGCACAGUGGAUAUAGCCGUGAUUCUUUUCAGCAAAAUAACAACCUCAUGAGAAACCAACUGCGGUCACAUCAUCAUGGUUAAAACGUUAGAGAAAGGCUUCUUCAGUAAAGGUCAGAUAUCACCUCCCUCAUACAGACUACCUCCCUUGAGGACAUGUAUCGCAAGGUAUCAACUUGGUGUUGUGACAGAGUAUUAUCUGAAAGCUUUGAAGGUCGUAUAAUCCAAUCAAUCGCGGAACCGGAGCUAACAUUCUACUUCAUGAAUUUUUAAAAUGCUUCAGAUAUUGAAAGUUGACACGAUGUUACUUACGGAAACAAUAGCGUCGAGAGUGGACUUUACAGUGGGCUUUUGUUGUUAUAAGUAAACAUGAAUAUAAGACAAGGAAAUGUCUUUAUUGAGAUUGUAAUAUACAUCACUGGUAGUCAAGACCUUUUUUCAAGCAAUAUUUAUUGGCCAUCAAAAAAUGAACAGCACAAAGAACAAACUUGAAAAAACUAUCAUUCACUUCUAUUGAAUCACAUCAUACAGUGAUACUGAUACCAAGAAAACAACGAAAUUGCGCCCUGACGCAUUAUUUAAAUGAAAUUGCGUUCGGCGUACUUUAUGAUAUUGACUCGUAUAGACUAUACAUUGGUAUUUUGAUACGCUAUAUCAUAACUGUAUGAAGUGAGGUCUGUCGUUUGCAUCCGGCGUGGCAAUAUCCGUAUGACGGAGUGGUAUAGUGAACCAAGCAUGUCAUGCACAUAUCCAUUGUUUGAAAUAUCGAGGAAAACCACAGCCAAUUUAAAAACAAAGGGGAGUGUACAAUGCUGGCAAUAGAUGUUCGCGGUUUAUUAGGAUUGUCUACUUGUAGAUGCUUAGACAUGCAAUGCCCAACAAAGGCUAUAACAACGUGGUUAAUCCCAGAAAUCGAUAUGCCGGAAAAUGUACUGUAAACCGUCAAUUUUUCGCGGGUGUUUUUGUUCGCGGAUUUCGCGAUCAAUAAAACUCCAGAAAGUUUUUCUUUUCAUACAAAAAGCGGAAAGAACUUCGUAAAAAAGAUAAAAAACACACAGAAACAUGAGCCUAUCGUCAUCAUACAAGAUAUAUUACUGUAGGAUUAUAGAACUAUAACAUGACGCCUUUAUCCAUCACCAUAAAAAAGCGGACAUACCUGGGGAAAUAUGUAUUUCAUAUUUCAUGUUUCAUAUAUAUGUUCGACUUGAUCUAAUAAAUACAUUCACGAAAUGGGGAAGUGUAUCGUAUGUAGGCGAAACUGCUGUGUUGUCGCCUUGAUGGCGGUACAAACUCAAAAAGAGCCGUCAUAUGUCUGAAAGAUAGGCGGUACUUACUAGUUUGACGAACUGUUCCCGAACAUUCAAGCCCAGCCACACUAGAUGUUAUGCAUAUGAUCGCUCGAUGCCAAUCACAUGCUCGAGAGUAGGCAACGCCAAGCUACCCGACGUUCAUGACGUCCCAGUGGUCUCAUCAUGGGGGCAAUCUUAAUCCAGAUCAACGAAUCAGUCUGAGAGCCGUGAAACUAGAGUAUGUGAACUUGACAUUUGGCAUAUCGUUUCACAGUUCUAAGGUACUCUAUAUUUUGUCUACGCAAAGUGCACUGUUGACACAGCGCAGCCUCUUCGGCUCAGGUGUCUGUUCUUCCCUGCCCGAUAUUUCACCCUGCCAGGGGAAAUUCAAUUUUGUCUGAAACAGCACUCAUAAUUCUCGAGCUCGCUCAACUUAAGAAUCUUCUGGGAUGCACCGUCUUGUACAGCCAAUGAUGCUCUAAGUGAGAUCCAUUCCAUCGUAACCUGAAAAAAUUGGGGCGUACAUUACAAAUGUAAGUAGUUGGCCUAUGCACAGUUUUGUUCAUCUAAGUUGUGUAAACCACUUACCUUCCAAACUCAAAGGCUUCUUGCUUCCUUGACGUUCCUUAUUAAAUUUUCUUCAAUCAAGCACUAGUUGAGGUUGCCAAUGCAUCUCUGUGUGCGGUUAAUUGCAAUAGAAAAAAACCUUUAUUGACAUCAGUCAUUGUGGAUACGUUAUUGCUGGUCUAUGUACUAGUAGUAUAAGAAAUAUACGCAACUCUGUGUAGCUAUUGCGGCUAAAUCGGCUUGGCAGAGUAUGGAGACCGGGCAGACUUUAUUGAUGAAUACAUGCACGUCUUUCCGGAAUGGUUCUACGCAAUUUGGAACGAGCCUGCCUUCUGUCUAUCUGUGACCUUGAAGUACACUCGGUUUAAUGUUUAAUUUGAUGCUUGAUUGAAGGCUCGACGUAACUGUUCAUGUGGCUGGUCUUGAUGUUAAAGGGCGACUUUAGGCAGUAACUUGGGGGUCGAAUUGGUGGUCUUCGGCCGCCGAAUAUGAUGCUCAGUUAGGGAGUGUUUGAUUCUGCGAUGAAUAUGUAUACCAAUACACGCACGAAGAGUUUUGGUGACCUGCGAGAUAGAAAGAUGGAGAAGACACCUGUCAGCAAUUUCGUGUAACUUGAUCACACCUAUACUUGGCCCCUGUCUUUACCUGUUGUCUUCCUUAGAUAAUGUACGAGAACGCCUGUGUGUCUGAAAUUAAUUUCACUGCGAUAUAUAAACUUAUUAUUCACAUUUAAACUGACAAUUCCAACCAUCUGUCAUCUGCACCUGCGCCGAUUAUAUUUGAUAUUUAUAUUAAGUUGGGAAUAUAAAUCAGUAGCGUCAGCCGACUAGGACAUUAGUUUUGCUCUUAAUAAAAAUAGUCAACCACACAUGUAUCAGUGAUGUAUGAAGGACCUUGCGCUGUUGGAAUCAUCGGCAUCCUCUCACUUGUUUAAGUUAAUAAGUUACUCACAUUUGAAUGUAAUCGAACAAUACCACCAAACAUACUGAAGCUCAGGCCAACACACUCGGCACUAUCGAUCGAGCAGUAACGUGUGCGGGCGGAGGAGAAUACGACUGACUCUGGAUUUUCGAAGAUGAGAUUUCAAUGCAGUAUUCCACUAAAGUGAACCUCCCUUUGUAGACAUCUCUCUAUUAAGGAUACCCUCCAUAUCAAGGGCACUGAUUUGGUUCAACAUUGAGUUUCAUCAUUCAUUUGGACCUCUCUAAUCAGGCCACCUCCCUAUCAAGGACAGCAUAUGUUGAGACGUUCUACUGUAUUGAAGCAAGCAAUGUUGGAAUCAUCUCCCUGGUUUUACUUGAAAAUCGGAUUUAGUAAUAGCAUAUCUUUUUUGGUCCAAUUUCUAAGGUCGGUCUUGUCAGGGCCUAUCCACUCCGCCAUUACGCCGCUAUGAUACGCCUACGUUCAAAUAAGUCAUCCAGGUUUGCAGAAUUCCUUUUUCGCAAAGGAAAUUUGACUUAUUGGACAUAUAAAUGUCAAAUGGUCAAAUACGAAAUUUUGUUCGUUUUGUAACCAUUAGUCACAGCUCUAAAAUCCUCCAGUAAAUGUCAGGGUAAAAAAGGUGGAGGGUGACGACCUUUCCUCGUCGAUUUUCUAACUGCAACGUAUGUUAAUAGUCCAUGAUUAAAUUUUCUUUUUGUCAUUGGAACCCUUUGAAGCCUUAUUAAAAUUCGUGCGGAGAUGUGAUUCGUCUAGACGUGGGUUACCUUUACAGAGAAGAUGGGAUGUCUGAAAGCAGGAUAUCAGUAUACCUUGUGAAUAUAAUUGGAGUGUGCCCUUUCUUUUUAUUCUUUAGUGAUGUCAGUGUAAGUCGAAUAUUUCAUCUAAUGCAAUGUGACAUUUGACUCAGCACUUAAAACCUCUCUUUGACUACUAAACUGUAUCUUGCGGCGGCUACCAGUACUAGCCCAAGAGUUUCCAAUACGAAGUGUGCAUGAACCUUUCCUCGAUUUUUUAAAAUUUAUUUUUCAAAACAGAGCCACGAAAAAACAUAUAUUUGGAAGAGAAUAGAUCCGAAAAAGCGCAAAAAUGCUUUCUCAUUACGAAUCUGUUGUGCUAUUGAACUUCACCGUAUAAAGGAAUACAGCAAACUUAUAAACAAUGGUUUUCUUAUAUUCUCACGAAUUCGAAAAUGUUUAUGGCCUCCUGGAUAUUUCUUCUUCUGGUAUGUCUGAAAUUGUCACCAAAUAUGAUUGCGUUAUCUUCCAUUUGUGCAUGUUCAGUCAAUGUGCAAUGUAAAAAGAAAUUUUGUUACAGAUUAUUAGGUAAAUUUACAAAUUUCUCAAGUAAUUCCAAAUAAUUUUCUUGGGAAUCUACAAAAUUUAAACGAUUGUAUUCUGAUUGUUCAGUUUUCUAGCAUAGACUUACCUAAUUUGCCCAGAGUUCUCCAGAGAAUUCAGUUUUUAUUUUUGGCGUGUGUUAUCCAGCUAUAUAUUUAGAUUUUGUGAACAGCACAAUGCCUUAUAGUCGAUAAUAUUAUAUAGUCGAUAUCAGGUAUCUGAUAAAUAUUGCUAAAAACAAAACGAAGUGAUCACUACGAAUUUAGGCCUAUUUGUGAAAGAGGGUUGUCAUCAAAAGUGUUUUGCUAAUUCCUCAAAGAUUUUCAGAUUAUUCUUCCUAUUUUUAUUUACCGAACAAUACACGAUGAAAGGAAUAGCCUGAGGGUGAUCAUAAAAUGACAGUUGAAUGAUUCAGCGCGCAUUGGCGCAAAGAUGUUAUCCUUAAUGGUGCAUUUUCUAAUAAUCGGGUGUACUCCGAGAAGGCUAGUGUUGCAAAAAGCUGAUGAAAACAUUUAGACCAUUUUGUCUGAUGUGGCUUGCUUUUCUUAAUAACCAUUUAUAGGGAAAAGCAACAAGACUACAGUGUGCUACUUUUCGCCCUAAGCUUUCCCAUUAGUGUAGCAUGGUACCAAGUCAAGGUGGGAUAAAUGUCAGUGUGAACCUUUAACAUGAAGCUUGCGUUGAGUUUAUUUAUUAACAGGUUAUAAGAUGCGUUGGUUAUGAGAUAAACAAAUGAAAUUUCGUAAAAUGAUUUAAAGCUAACAGUCUAACAAAAAGCGCACUUCACCAUAGUCCUGUCACAUAGAUUUUAUGUAUAAUUACAAUAGGUAGACAAUUUAAAGAGCAUAUUAGUAACAUGAUAAGCCUGCUUACUUGCGGUAAUGUUUUGUUGAUCCCUUUAUUUUCUUAGAGUAAAUCUUCCUGAAGUGAUUGUUCGCCAAUUACAAGGUUCGCGCAAACCUAUGAAUUCACCUCAGAUUCUUAAAACGAUGUCAGAAUUUAUUCGCUGUGAAUUUCCUCGGGGCUCAAAAGAUGUUUUUGUUUUAAAAGAUAGAUAUAAAGUUAAGAGUUGAAUGUAGUGUAUUCUCAAUUCAUUAGCAAAUAAUGAAAUAUAUUUGCAUCACCUUGCCAAAUUGCUUUUGGUUAUCCAGUAAAGAAGAUGUGUAUAUCAGAGGAAGAUAUCAACAAAGUAUAUAUCGCUUAUUUUAUGUGUUCGGUACUCUUGUAGUGAACAAUUCGAUGCACAUGUGAACCUCAACAUUAGCUCUUAAGGACGGUUUGUAAAUAUCGGCAUCAUCAUCAUUGGUGAUGGCGCGUUUAGUCGGGAUGGGAGUUUCCUGUUUUUGCCUCGUCAGCACUUUUUGAUGACAUGAUAAUGGUCAUGAAAAGGAGAAGUCGCCUGCGCUUUCUUAUCAAAGACAAGUGGAGCGUUUUAAGAGCCAUUAAGAGUCGAAUUGAAAAUCAAAAUUGUUUUUUUAUUUCUCUAUGCUUAUGGGUUUGACGUGUUACUGUCGUGUGAUGCUCCAAAUUGAUGCAAUACCAGGGUAAUAUUGAUAUAAUCAAAUUAAGUGUAAAUAUGUUUUCAAUUUAUCGAAGUAAGACUGUACGCCCAGUAAAAAUUAAUAUAACCCUGAUAGCUUCCGAUGCCAUGUGCAGAAAUGACAUUCAGGAAUUCGGUUUGAUAGUUUUACGCAGUCACGCCAAAGUCCUUAUACGACAUGUCAAGUUGUUGUUUCACUGUUUUUUUUUACUGGUGGCCUUUUUCCGCAAAAGUGGCUUUGGGCUGGCUUCCACCGUUCCGACAUUCAAAAUAUAUACACUAUAAUAUGAACCUGAUCAUUUAUGUCCAGGAUUAACAAACCGUUCAUUUUAUCAUACGCUCAAGCGUUGAAGCACUGGUCCGGCCCGGGCGCUUGAUUCAGUAUCAAAGGGACUGCUUGAAUCGGCCCUCAUCUCUGCGGGGAAGUGCGUUUGGUUCCUCCAGGUCGAGUGCAUGGCUUCAUUUUAGCUCAGUCCGUGGUAACCCAUGGCUACAGCAGAAUGAAUGCAUCGCGAAUACCUGCAAUAUAGGCUAUUCUUUUGAUGUCUUGAAAACCCUAACAACCCACUCCCGAAAUAUCCUAACUUUUCUAAUCUAUCGAAACUUCCAGUGGAAACUUGUACCAUUUUACUCAUCCGAACCGCUGUUUGACUGCACGGAUAUUAAAACCUUUAGUAUUAAUGUUAGCUUGGCAUGGCUUGGUAAUGUUACUUUUACUUGAUCGGUCUAAAAAGAAUAAUCGACACAGCUGAUACAAAUGUUCACAUGUUUUCUGCACGCCCUUUUUUGUAUUAUCCGCUUGUGACGAUGAUGUUUAUUUUUCAACCCCAUUUCACUGUCAUUUUGGCAGUUUCUUCCUACGACAACCAUGUGGCAUUUUGCCUGAUUGGUCCAGUUGGAAAAUAUUUAGAACUCAGAUUAUCCGUUUGCUACAUGAUAUACGGUCCUUGAAGAGAAUUUAUACUCUUUAAGAUGCUACAAUUAAACUAAUCAUUUUACUUUUUACUCUAAGCCGCCACAUAUUCGUGCCUGGUUAUGUUUGCGAUUCGCAGAAAAUUUUGAAAAAAAGCAAAGUUUCAACUAUUUUCGUUCUGCGGAAUUCAGAAUUUUUGUUCAGCAUUUUCAAUCCAAAAAUUAUUUUUUCGAUGUUGGCUUUCCCAAAUCUAAGUUUUUCGCGAAAUCUGCGAAUAUUUGGCGGUGAACAGUAGCACAGUCAUCCCUGUAACUGUGUUAUCGACCUCUGAAGUGCACAUAUUAGAAGUCGUCAAAUGAUCAAGUUUUCCUUUACAUGUAACUUAAAUCUACUUCGUCGGAAAUAUGAUAAGGGGACUAGCAGGAGCUGAUUAGGGAUCCAAUUAGGGAUCUUUGUGUAUGUGCUAUCAAGAAUAUAUGCAGGUUUAUUCGUUAUUCUCUGAGAUCUUUAGAGUAAAAGGUAACACGUAUUGUGAACAAUAUUACAGAUUCCUAAAGUGUAGUUUGUAAGCAUUCCUUUAUCCAUGAAAUAUCCUUACGCUAUGUCUUCGUUUAGUAAAUCACCAGGUUUAGUAUUACUUCACUCAGAGGUAUACGUUUAUUAAAGGUUAAUGGAUGAGAUUUCAGCAGAGCUUUGGACAAAGCGCUGGGAAAUUACGUGGGUGCAACUUUAAACAUCGAUUAAUCUUGGUGGACGUAUACAGUUCUUGGGCCGAUUGAACAUACUUGUUUACUUGAAUAAAUGUGGUCGUGGCGGUAAGAGUAACGCCCAAACACUUGAUACUUGUCUAUCUGAUUAGUUCAUUGUUUGUCUCUAGUGAUGUCUGAAACUGGUGUAACUUAACUAACAGUCCCUAAGACUAAAACAUAUCGUCGGUCUACUUUGAAAACCUCGUACAUUGAUGCAUUGAUUUUUUUCAAUUCUAAAGAAAAGCGCCGAAAAAUUUAUUUGAACUGCAAUGCAAUAAAUAUGCAGUACGUGGUUUUCAAGUAACAUAGUGGUGCUGAAAGGCUUUUGGUCGGUGGAUUCUAAAGUACUUGCCAGUUAGCUUGAGAAUGAAAUUCUUGCCCCCGGGAUUUGGCCGAAAUGGCAGGUGCAAGGUUUUCAUAGUACACCGAAGAUAUGCUACAUCCUCGCAGCAGUUCACUGUCUUUAGUGUGCGUAUUUUUGCCCUUUGCAAAUUUAAGUUUUGAUGUAGAUGUUUUCCUUUCCCAAAGAGAAGUGCUCGAACAUGUUGACUUUCUAUAUGGUGAUCCUAAUGCUGCCAAUAACCUUGUGAAUAUUAUUAGCAACUUUGUCCAUUAUCCACUGAUGUAUCUGUAAUGUCUACAUAACUAUAUCGCUCUACAAAUCGAUAUAAACCAAUUGUUGGUGAUGUAUUGUUAAUCUCAAUCGCCCCUUGGUACAUCAUAUUUAAAUUUUAGAAAAAUAAUCAACUUUACACUUACCUACAUAUGUGUUGACUGAAGCCGUUCUGUUCUUGCCAAGAUUUCAAAGCAUUUAUUGAGUACGUUGAAGAAGGGAAGUUAUUGACGAAGGUAUACAUCCUUUGUUUUUGUGUGUAAAAUGAUGUUCUUGGUUCCAGUGUACAUGUACACGUGCAUGGUGUUCCCGAAUAAAUGCUAUGGCUCUUUAUAGACAAUGAUGUCUGACAAGAAGGCGCAAAAAUCUGUCGGCUUACAGCAAACAGUAUAUGCAAGGCGUAUGGAAAUUAUUCAGUUACUGGCUGAAACGUCGUUAUUUUUGCAUUAUAACAAUUAAAACAAUUUCUUCAUGAAUUUGACAAAGGUCAUCUGUUAUUCUUUCAGUAGCAGAAUGGAAUACGAAUCCGUAUUGUAGUACACGUCUUGCUACAUGUACGUGCCCCUAAUAUUCAUUUUGUUAAGUCUGCAUACAAUGAGAUGAGAUGAAAAAAGGAUUUUCCUGGUUUUGCAAUGAACACCUAAGACCGCGAUUCAGAUUGCCUUAAGGUUUUUUCUCUCGUUACUUUUUGGCAAAGUCAUGUGGAUAAAUGAUAUUCUGGAAUACAGAAAAUCGUUCGUGUCUUCGGCAUAAUUUGGAAACUGUACAAUUAAUUAUGGUUUAAGUCAUUGUGUGAAUCAAGGAUGUUGAACGAAAGCUAUUCAUAUACAGCCCAUGAACCACCUUCCUCGUAUGGAAAAUAGCUUCAAUAUACUACAUUAUAUACAUCCAUCGAAAUGUACAUGACGACUAACUAUAACAAAUUGAAUGUUUUUAUAGGUAUUGAAGUCAUAUUGUUGAAUGCAGACAGUCGAAAUUUUUUUUGCAAUAUUGUUUGUAGUUUUAAAAGUUUCACAUAGUUUUCCGCCGCUUGCUCUCUGAACCCAGAUAUUAUGUUUCUCUUCGUAAAAACAUGUUUUUGGUGAAACAAUGUGAUGAAUGUUCACAACACUUUAUAGUCAAUACUGGAGUAAUACGUUGUGAUGGUCUUCUUCUUGGAGGGAAAUAAUAUGUGGCAUAAUAAAGGUGUAUUCAGCACAGAAUUUCAGCGAAACAAAACACAUCAAGUUUCCACAGGGAAUACCGUAGCAAGGAUCUCUCGAUCCGCGGGCUAAAUAUCUUGAUAUUAUUCCGUAUCAGCGGGUUUUUGUUUUGUUUUGGGGUUUGUUUUAUAUUAAAGAUCGCCGGACCAUAUUUAAGAGGUAACCAGUUGAGUGUGCGAGUGCACUAGUUCACUACUCUAGAAGAUUUGUGCUGAAUUCACCAGAAAUGAAAUCGACAAGUGUGUAUAUAUUUUUAAGAUCCACUGUAUUGUAAGAUAGUGUAAAUAUGAAAAUCUUUCUAUGUAAAUAGUGGAACACAAUGCAUUUACUUCUCGUUGGCCACACUGAUUUUAUGGGUCUUAAGAAUUCCAGAACUUUUUUUCUACCCGUACAAUUGUGUCAAAAAACUGUAUGUAAAAUGGUACUUCAAGUACAAUACGACACUGUGAAUAAAAGAAAUACAAAAUUUAA